GCCUAUAUAAUUAAGCCCUCCAUUUGGCUUCAAAUAUGGCGAAACUGAAGGCACUAAGUCUGGCUGGUUUGGUUGUACUUUCCACUUUGAUCAUGGUGUCCGAGAGUCGUGUGGCAAGAAAGGACUUGGGGUUGGAUUUGGGUGGGAUAGGUAUAGGCGCUGGAAUUGGGAUUGGACUUGGAGGUGGUGGUUCAGGGUCUGGUGCAGGUGCAGGCUCAGGCUCAUCAGGUUCUAGCUCCUCCUCCAGCUCGAGCUCUAGUUCUAGUUCUAGUUCCGGAUCUGGAGGAGGAGACUCAGAAGCUGGCUCCUCUGCAGGUUCUUCUGCUGGCUCUAGAGCUGGAUCUGGUUCAGGAGGACGGGGAAGGGGUGGUGGUGGUGGUGGCGGCAGCGGUGGUGGAGGAGGUGGUGGACGUGGAGGAGGAUCUGGUGAGGGUUCAGGGGAAGGAAGUGGAUAUGGGUCUGGGCAUGGAGGAGGUGGAGAUCGCAAAUAA